AUGUCUAAUCUCGCCGUUUCGUACGCUGCCGUUAUUCUGGCCGAUUCCGAUUUGGAGAUCACCGCCGAUAAGCUUAUUGCCCUCACUGAGGCUGCCAAAAUUGAGGGUGUCGAGCCCAUCUUUGCCCAGCUUUACGCUAAGGCUAUUGGCUCUGUCAACACCAAGGAGCUUUUGACCGCUUUCGCUUCCGCUGCUUCCGCUGGCCCCGUUGCCGGUGGUGCUGUUGCUGCUGCUGGUGGUGCUGGUGCCGCCGCUGAGGCCGAGGCCGAGCCCGAGAAGGAGGAAGAGGAGUCCGAUGGCGACAUGGGCAUGGGUCUGUUCGACUAA